CAGAAAUAUUCACCUAUGGUUGGUCACCAGUUUUACCGAAAUUGUUCCACUCAUUUAAUACUAUGAUUAUUGAUUAAAAAACACCAGUUCGUUCACAAAACCAAUUAUAAGGUUUCAGGCUAAAUAUUGUAAAUAAUUGUUCCUUAUUAUUUUUCAGUACUGCUUUCAGAAGCGUGCCAAUGACUGAUAGUCUUGAGAAUAAGAUAAUUUUGACAGCUGUGUCCUCACUGUCCUGACUCCUGCUGUGGUGUGUGGACUUGUGGGAUGUGGAUAGUGUCCGUCCGUGGCAGAAGUGAUCCGUAGUCCUUCUAUGUACUGUGGUUAGUGCUUAAUAAAUUUGAAUUUGUGUUUCCUUCCGGAUAGUGGUUUAAAGAAUGGAAGCCUUUGUAACAUCAGUGAGGAUGGUGAGAAAAUGAAGGUAUGUAAAGUGAAGAACUGCAAAGAUAAUAAAAGAGGACUUUGUAAUAGUGAUAAAUACAGAGAAGAAAAUUGUGUGACAAAACAUCGAAAAGAAAUUCCGUUAAAGAAGACUUCGUGUCCAGAGCCGAUUCAUUUUUCGGCUUCAUUCAUCACGAUAUUACUCAGACGAUUUCAAGGUCGUGAUCAAAUUGUGUUCUCAUCUUAGUCUCAAGAUGAAUGUAGCGGUGAUACUGUUGGUGCUGAUCACCUGCGUUGGCUCAUUAGAUGCUGUUGUUACCUGUCCGGAUAAUUGCUUCUGUUUAUCUGAUACUAAGGUGAUGUGCAACGGGGGCGGCAUGGCAGACCUUCCCUUGAAUCUGCCGGACACGGUGGAGGAGCUGAGCUUCGACCGGAACAACCUGUCUUCCCUCACCACCGACAUGUUCCGUGAGUGGAGAAAACUGCGCGAUAUUUCUCUCAACGAUAACCAUAUCAGGAUCAUCAAACCCUUCGCUUUCAGGGGACUCGGACACCUGAAAAAAAUCUUCAUCCAGAACAACCCCCUCACGGAGCUGCCUCAGUUCGCAUUUGCAGGGCUGGAAAACGUCAGUCAGAUCAACCUCUGCAACAACAAAAUCUCAAAUAUCCAGUCGUAUGUGUUUGCAGGAAGCAGAAAUCUGGGCAUGAUUCUCAUACAAGACAAUCCUCUAAUACGAAUACAAGCCAAGGCUUUCUCAGGGCUCCGCACUGUGCAGUUCAUUUAUCUUCCUUCGUGGGUUAAGGUGAUUGAGUCCGAUUCUUUCUUUGACCUUCAAGGAGUUGGCCUUUUACGUCUUCACAGUCUGGACCUUCAUGCUCUGAGGCCUUACACGUUCAGGGGUUUAAAGAAUGUGACGCAGAUAUCCAUCCAAGAAUCUGAUCUUGGCAUAGUGAAAGACAAGGCUUUUGAAGGCCUGUAUAAUGUUGGUGAACUGAGGAUUAUUAAUAACAAGGUAGAUGAACUGGAAUCAUUAGAGGUCUUGGAAGAAUCUAAUGUUGAUGGAGUCAUUGUCCAAGGUAAUCAUUUUCUUCAAGUCAACAAAGAACAACCCUUUCGCAUUCAUGCCAACCAACGGACAGUUGUCACAGGUAAUUAUGUGCCCUGUUCUUGUCAGUUAUGGUGGGUGCUGGAAUCUCCACUAGCCAAAAAUAAUUCUCUUUUUAUACGGCAUAACUACUGUGUUUCACCUUUUGUUCUUCAUGGUAAGGCUAUUAACACAGUGGAUCAGGAAAAUCUCCCACGAUGCCCUGCAUCUCAAGAGCUUCAACUCCCUAGUAACCAAGAUCCCUCAAAGGCAUCAUCUGCAACUGCAAGUGCAAGCACCAUCUCCAUAAAUAAUGCUAUCUUCUUUCUCCUUAUCUUCCCAUUUUGGUGACCUAACAUCCAGCUUGGAGGAACAAUGUGUUAAAUUUUACAAGUCAUACGUUGUACUGUACAGGUUAAGGAUGUUGUCAUCAAUGUUUAUGUUGUUCAGUUGACUUCACCUUCCAUCUUGUGAAGUACUAGUACACAUGCUUCAUAAACAAAUAUUUGAAACUCCACUCUUUAAAACUGUAAAUUUUGCUUUGUAUAAUGCUAACUAUGACAGUUAGUAUAAGCAUAUUUCUUU